AUGAAUCCAUGGUGGGAGGCAGUGGAGAAGUUGGUUCCUCGUUGUGUACACCCGAACGCGUUAACGGUGUCGAGCUGCACUGCAGCCAUCAUUGGGUCAUGCUUGCUUCUCGGUUUCUGCCCCUAUCUUUCCGAGUUCCCUCCCCGUUGGGUCUUUCUAAUCUCGGCAGCCCUCUUCUUCUUGUACCAGACUUUAGAUGCAAUCGACGGGAAGCAUGCACGCCGCCUGGGCCUCUCCUCUCCUCUAGGCCAGCUGAUGGACCACGGGUGUGAUAUCAUCUGCACCACCCCGCUGACGCUGCUGGGGACGGCUAUCAUCGGAGGGGGAGUGGGAUUGCGGCAGUACACGGUUUUGGUCGUCUCCUCUCAGUUCCUUCAGUUUCUGUACACCUGGUGGGAACUGCACUUCGGCGUCUUCUAUACUGCCACUGGCAUCAUUGGUGUGACGGAAGCUCAGCUUACGGUCAUACUCCUCUCUGUACUGGGUGGGACUUUUGGCCCCGAGAUGUACCAUAUAGAUCUUCUUCAGUAUAUUCCGCCUGAAAUUGGGAUACCCCUGGCGAAACUCGCGGGAGCAGCUGGAUUGAGUAUUACGGCGAGUGUAGUAUUCCAGCUGAUGUUGCUGGCCUGCAACUCGAUGCUCUGCAUUCUGAACAUUGUUAUGGGAGUCCGGCGGGCACCGCAACCGCUGGUGGCCCUUACCCAGGUGGUCAUGUUCUUGGUGUACAUCUUCGUCCAGGGAGUUGUCUACAUGCACUGCUUGGUGUGGCGGCCCAUUUUGAACCCAUACCUGGUGUACACUGCAAUUUGCUCCACAUACUCAAUACUGCUGCUGCGCAUUUGCUUGUCAGCGACCUGCCGCAUCCCCUACAAAUUUGUGCAAUGGCCAAUGCUGCCGCUGGCGGCAGUUGCUGCUGCACUUAGACUGGGUAAUCUGACAGAGAAUCAGGAGUUCUGGGCGCUCUUGGCUGCGUGCCUCUUCAACGGCGUGUAUCUCAUGGAUUUCGUGUACACGGCGGUGUCUGACGUGUGCGAUGGGUUAAAUAUAACGUGUUUUACAGUCCCGGAGACGGGGAAUUCACAGGCCCCCUCGAAAUCAUCGAGGGAGGCGAAGAAGGCAGACUAG